AAGUAAAUUAACGUUUGUACCGGAUGUGUCGUAAUGAAAACGCGACCCAACCGGAUAUGCAAUCGCAAUACAGUGUAUCGAAAAGAAAGUGGAAGAAACGGAAUCACAAUGAAUACUCGAGGACUCCGCUCUCAGCUGAAAGACAGUGUACCUGUGGCAGGCUUAUGUCCACAGGGAGCUUAUGGAGUGCAGGACUCUCUACGUAGCGGCUUUACCAGCGUAAAGAAUGAGCUCCUUCCAAGCCACCCACUGGAGCUGUCAGAGAAAAAUUUCCAGCCGAACCAGGACAAGAUGAAUUUCUCCACCCUCAGAAACAUCCAGGGUCUUCAUGCUCCACUCAAGCUGCAGAUGGAGUACAGGGCAGCUAGACAGAUCCAGCGUCUGCCGUUCUUACAGAGUUCAAACCUGGCUCUGGAUACACUGCGAGGCAAUGACGAGUCCAUCGGCUUUGAGGACAUCCUCAACGAUCCAACCCAGAGUGAAAUGAUGGGCGAGCCACACAUGAUGGUGGAAUACAAACUGGGACUGUUGUGAAAGAAGAUUGGCACACACAAUACAUAGUUACACACAUAGAUUUAGGUUUAUUAUUUGUCUGCAUACAUUUGUUUAUUGGAUGAAAAAUCACCAACUCUGGUUCUGGAGAAUUGAGUCUGAAAUCUUUUGGGAAAGAGAGGGACUCCAUGUGUGUUACAGGUUACCCUGUAAAUGACUUAGAUCUGUAGUGUUGAACAUCAUUCAGACAUGCAUUCAGUGCUGCUUUUGUAUGAUUCCAAUCCGGUUGAUAUUUCUAAUAAACUUCAUAACCUUCUCCUGA